GACGUGCGACAGGGUCUGAGGAUAAGUGCUAUACAACAUAACUCAUAACAAGCUCAAUGCCAUUUCACCUUCUAAGAUCACUUCUCACCUUUACUUUUUGGAAUUGGCAUAAAUCAGAUCAUUGACGCGUAUGACGUUAAAUAGGGUACUCUGAGAAGAACGUUUGCCAGGUCCUGUCAAGCUCGUCUUGAGGAGACGACUCCUCGUUACCUUGCGCAUAAGUCUUGAAAAUAAUUGCAGGACACAUUUAAAAGUGUCCGGGAUGCUGUGGUCUCCGCUCCUGUUUGCGUUGGUGAUGGAAGCCUCAUCACACAGCCAGAACAUAACACACUCUUCAGCCUCCGCCAAGGACCGAGCCACCUCACACACCUGGGGAUCCUCACAGCACAGGGAACAAGAUGACCCAUCGCUCCUCCGGCCGAGGAUCCACUACUGCCGAUCACCUAACAUGGAGACUUUCACCUGCUGGUGGCAUUUCCCUGACAACGGCUCCCAUAGCAACGACAACAUCACCUACACGCUGACCUACUCUGUGGGGAAGGGGCGUAUGAGGGAGUGUCCAGACUAUGUGACGGGCGGGCCCAACAGCUGCUAUUUUGACAGCCGUCACACACAGGUGUGGGAGAUAUACUGCAUGAAGCUGGUGGCACACUGCAGCCAUGGCAACUACACAUCUGAGGAGCACUGCCUGGAUGUGGCUGACAUUGUGGAGACAGACCCACCCUUCAACCUCACCUACUGGCUGACCAACAGCAGUGGGGAGGGGGCCGGCUGCUCAGCGCUGGUGUCGUGGCUGUACCCAAACGCUGCGGAUGUGCACGUGGGCUGGGUGACGCUCGACUUUGAGCUGCAGUACCGCCGCAAGUCCGAGCCUCACAGCUGGAAGGCGAAGGGGGUACAGCGCGAGCCCCAGCUGGAGCUGCUGGACCUGCCCGCGGGGAGCUAUGUGGUCAGAGUGCGCUGCAAGUCCCACAACUCCCGGCUGUGGAGCAAGUGGAGUGAGCUCCUCACACUCAACAUCCCGUCCCACCAGACCAUAGAUAAGAUGCUGGCUGUCAUCCUGGUGAUAGGGAUUAGCAUAGUGGCUUUCCUCAUGAUUGGUCUGGGAAUUAUACCAAAUGGUAAAAGGAUUAAAGCUUUUCUCCUCCCUCCAGUCCCAAAACCGCGCAUCAGAGGGAUCGAUCCCACCCUUCUGAAGAAUGGGAGGAUGGAUGAGAUAACCCGUCUCUUCAAAUCCUUCCAUGGCUACAGCCCCCCGCAGUACAGCUCAGAAAGCUGGCUCCACGUCACCACAGAAGAAGAGCCGUCUCUUCAGGGUUGCCAUCUGAGUAAGGUGUCUGAGAAGGCCGGGGAGUUUACGCCCAGCACCCUGUGUCCCGGCUCUCCGGUGGACCUGGAGACGCCCCAGGGCUCGUCCCCGUACUGCCAGGUCCCGUCUCAGGCCCCGGGGCCCACAGGGGGCCCCACCUGUGCAUGGCCCUGGAGUGCAGGGCUGCUGCCCAUCCCCAGUUUGGGCUACACCGUGCCCCCGGCACCCCCCCCGGGCCUGGACUUCUACGCCUGCGUGAACGGGGUGAACACCAGCGGAGCCGUCCAGCUGGUGCCCUGCGUGUCCGCCCGCGUCAGAUCAACGCCCCUCCUGCAGGUGACGGACAGCGCGGAGAAGGGCAAAGCCAAGCCCAGGGCAUCGGGGGGCGGGGUUCCGUCAGGGGUGGGGGGAACGGGGUCGUCGGGCGGAGGGGUGACAUGCUGUUACACGACCAUGGAUGACCUGCAGCAGGGCAGGGACUGGCCUGUGGAUGGGGCCACAGCACAGGGAGACGGACAGGGGGAGAGACUGAGCACAGAGCAGGGUCAGAUACCCGCUACCUCACUGUCAGCUGAAACUCAGGGGUUUGAGCCCUGA